UGCUGAGCAGCUCAAACACCUUCAGCUGGCAGCUGUUGGUGGCCACGACGAUGUGCGUGUCACCUUUACCCAGGAACUUCACGUCCAGCACCUCGUCGUUGUAACCCACAAACUGAAAGACAGAGAGGAUAUAUUCUGGAUCGAUAUGGAGUAAAGCAGCGCCGGGGAUGUAAACACGGUGAUGAGGGGAGAUUGUCAUGGCAGACCCAGAGGCGUCAACACAGACUGGAGGCUAUGAUGUGGAGCUGUUUGUGGACCCUCCAGACUAUGACCUGAUCUGCACCAUUUGCCAAGGGGUCCUUAGAUGUCCAGUGAGAGCUGCAUGUCACCACAUUUUCUGCAAAAAAUGCAUCUUACAGUGGCUAAAAAGACAAGAGACCUGCCCUUGCUGCAGGAAGCCGGUUAACCCGACUUUGAUCUUUGUUAUGUUCAAGCUCAGCAAAUCUAUUGGGCGCAUGAAGAUCAAGUGUAAAAAUGUGAUCCGCGGUUGUACAGAGACCUUCCCCCUCUCCGAGCAGUACUGCCACAGCUUGAGCUGUCUGUACGAGCUCAUCUCCUGCCCGUACCAGGGCUGUAAGGCACAACUCCUGCGCAGGGAUCUGGAGACCCACGCACGCCACUGCGAGCACUGGCGUCAACCCUGCCACAUGGGCUGUGGGACGAUACUCUCCCAUCGCACUCAGGCUCAGCACAACUGCUACAAACAGCUGAGGCAGGAGUACGAAGCUAGACAGAGGAACCACAGGGCCAUCGCCAUGGCCCUACAGAGAAAGAUGAAGAGGAUGCAAAGCACCAUGGCUCACAUGAAGAGGCAGAUUGGGCUCAUCUGUGAGAGUUUGGAGGUAAUGGACGAUCUAAAUGAGGUGGAAGAGGAGGAUCUAGGGGAGAGCAGUGGCACCUUCAGGGACACUAACAGCAACAAUUGAGGGAAUAUGUGGAUGUUCUUGGUUGCUUCCUGUUGUGUGUUUGUGCAUGUAUUCAUUAUCUGAAGGUGUGUAUGAUUGAACAUGUAGGUAGGUGUGUUUUUAGAAUGAGUGAUUUCAUUUAUUUUUGACAGUUUUGUGAUGUAGUUUCAAUAAUUUUGUAAAUAAAAAGUUUAUCAUUA